AGCGUGCCGAUCGGCGGUGUGCUAAAGAGCCAAAGAUUUUGGCUCAGUCAUGUAAACAGCUGUGUCCAAUCACAGCUAAUCACAUGGGACAUGUACACUGAUCAUCAGAGCACUGAUGAUCAGUGUGCCCUGAUGAUCAGUGUAGCCCCAGCAGUGCAACCUGUCAGUGUCCAUCAGUGCCAUGUGUCAGUGCUCAUCCAUGCCACCUGUCAGUGCCCAUCAGUGCCACAUCAGUGCCACAUUUCAGUGCCUACCAGUGCACAUGAAUGCCACAUAUCAGUGGCCCUCUGAGCUGCCUUUCAGUGUCACCCAUCAGUGCCAGCCUGUGCCACCUAUCAAUGCCAGUCACUGCCACCUAUCAGUGCAGCCAAUCAGUGCCACCUAACAGUGCCAGUCAGUGCCACCUAACAUUGCCAGUCAGUGCCACCUAUCAGUGCCAGUCAGUGCCUCCUAUCAGUGCCACCUAUCAGUG